AGAAGGAAAUGCAUUUCAGAGGCAAAAGAAAUUCUUCAGCUGGGUACAAUAUUAUCUUGUUACAAUACAGGAUUUAAAAAGACUUUUAGUUAGUGCUAUUAUGGUUCCACGAUCUUGAAAUUGAAGAGUUUUCGAGUUUUGCCUACCGCUAAUAGGGUGAUCUUUGCGAAUGCCAGGACAAGCUUGUUUUAAUUUAGCAAGUCUAAGGGACAUAAAGCUUUACAAAUUGUGGCAAUUUACGUGGCAAACCUGAGUGGAAUACGAACUCGCUGUGAUUACCAGUUUAAGGUAAGAAUUGGAUUAUUUUAAAGAAUACACAAAGUGUAUUUGUCCUUAGAAAACACAAUAUAGGGGGUUUAACUUGUUUGCAUGACAACUCUCACGACACCGAAUGAUGACCUGUGUCAAUUAAUAUCCAGAAGUGAUACACACACUGUCUGGGUUUGCAUUGUACAUCAGCAAGUUUGUUUUCUGUCUGUAAUUUCAUCGAUAUCUGAGUUGGUUGUCUCAACAAAAAGUAAAUGACCUCCGGUUGUCAGCUUUUAAUGCAAAGCACGACCACUCCUCGCGAAUAGACCUUGGCACGGUUUUCGACGCCAUCUUGACGAGUAGGCAAACCUGUGAGAAAUUACAGUGUUUGUAUGAGAAUCUAAUGUCGAAUAAUUUCCGUAAAACGGCUGUUCUCAAAAAAAUAUCAAUUGUAAACUAAAACUACAACGCAAAGGAUUGUCUUAAAAAAAUUUAGGGGGCGUAACUGUGCGUAGAUUUCUCCAGAGGCUUGCUUUAGAUUUUCCAUAUAUUUGUCUGUAAUUUUCCCGGGACUUUCUUACAGACAAAUGUAUAGAAAAUUUUAAAAAGUGGUUCUAGGUCUCCUCGUGCAUGUAACGCCUUCAUUUUUUUUCAGUAGAAUUCUUAGGAGAGAAGCUUUAGUUUACAAAUCAUAUUUUUGUCAGAACAGCCGUUCUGCUGAAAUUAUUCGACAUUAGAUUCUCAUACAAACACUGUAAUUUUUCACGCAUUUGCCUACUUGUCGAGAUGGCGUAUAGUACACAGUGGCGAGGGGAUAUGAGUUUUAUGUUGGAGUGACGAGAGCUAGAAAAUGGUGUCUUACAUCUAAUAUCUAAUUUUCAAUAUUAUGGACAAUAAGAAAUAAUGUACUUGUUAGAGAUUGAAAACCUGUGUUUCACACAGACACUGCUAUUAAUUUCCACAAAUUAAAUGUUUAGUAAAAAAUUACAAAAUAUUAUCAUGGAACUUCUUAUUAUAAAGGGCAGAGAACUGUCAUUUUCUCAGAUGUAACCUGCUUUACUUUGAACAAAAACUCUGACAGAUGAUCAGCCCAUAAAUUCUCCCUCACAACAAAAUAUGUGAAUUUUUUUUUAUUGUUAAGGGAUAGUAAUAUCUAGCUACUUCUCUCUCAUUUAAUCUUUUGAAAAAUCCUGGAAGUCUUCAUAUCAUUGGAAUUGAUCGUUAGGGAGACAGUGUGGCCGAGUGGUUUAGAGCACUGGACUUGCAAUUUAGUGGCCUCAAGUUCAAGUCUCACUUUGAACACUAGCUGGAAUUGUUGACAGUAGUCCCGAGUCCAAAUCCUCGGCCAUGCUUGUAAAUGUCCAGCUCAGGUCUCCCUCUGGCCAGCCACUGACUUAUAAGCCCCCCACCCCCCCAGUUAUAGGUUUAUCUUCCUGUAAACAAAGAAUACUUCUGAUCAUAAGCCCCUGGAAGUAAGCCCACUUUUGCUUCAAUUAUAAGCCCCCUCGGAUAUAAGAUUCUCCGCUUAUAGGAUCCCCAUCCCCCAGUUAUAGGCCCAUCUUCCUGUAAACAAAAAGUACAUCCGGUUAUAAUCCCCUGGAUGUAAGCUCCCUUUUGCUCCAAUUAUAAGCCCUCUAACCAAAAAAAAAUCGAUUAUAAACCCCCCGACGUAAGCCCACUUUUGCUCUAAUUAGGAGCCCCAGUUAUAAGCCCCCUAGGAUAUCAGAUCCUCCGCUUAUAAGCACUGCACCCCCCAGUCAUAAGCCCAUCUACCUGCAAACAAAAAAAUUAAUACAUCUGAUUAUAAGCCCCCUGGAUGUAAGCCUCCUUUUGGUUCAUUAUUAUGAGCCCCCAGUAAUAAGCCCCCUCGAAUAUAACAUUCUUUGCUAAUACCCCCCCCCCUGCCUCCCCCCCAGCUAUAAGCCCAUCUACCUGUAAACCAAAAAUACACCCAAUUAUAUGCCCUCAAGAUGCAAGCCCCCCUCUACCUUGUGUUGAAAUUGAGUUUUAUUUCUUGUGAUGUUUUGAAGCUUACUGUGAAUCACACAAAACCGUGAACACCAGAAAUAUUCAUGGAAUGUUAUUGUGUUGCGAGAAAUUAGCCAAUAAGGCGCGAGAUAACUAAACUGUAAACAGCAAUGGUAAUUAGUUUGUGGUUUUGAGGUUUGCUUGCGUAUCCUGAACUUUAUUGUAAUUGGCCAGUACACAAUCAACACUCCUGAAAUUUUUCAGGUGUUCACGGUUUGUCUGAGUUUGGCGGUAAUUUAAAACCAGUAAAUGCAAAACAUAUUUUGAUCAACACUGCUAUAACUUGUUUUGAAGCACUUUUUCUAUUGUGUUUAUAAGCCCUUCCAUUUAUACGCCCUCCCAAAACCCCUUACGAAGAUGUACAUUGUAUAUACCCAGGGCUUAUAAGUGACAUUUUACAGAAUAACCCUCCACUGGUGGAGGGCUGUCUAGUUACAUGUAUCAGGGGAAGGGUUCACACUGGUCUAUAGCCCUCCACUGGAGGAGGGCUGUCUAGUUACAUGUACCUUGGGAAGGGUUCACACUGGGCUAUCUCACUUAAGGGAAGUCUGGGUAGAGUUGUACUGUCAAGGCCUUGAAACCAUGUCUAAGACAAAAUUCAUUUUGCUACCCUGUUUAAGACAAGAGUCUCUAUUUCAUGACUUUAAUUCAUUUUGUUUUACGUACAAAACUAAGUAAUUUUCGAAACUGACAUCAUGGAAACUUACUACAUUAUAGUCACUCUAUGAAAGACACCCUGUUCAAGGCAAUAAAUUGUGAAAUUGUAUUUAACCUUUUUAAGACUCAACACCCUGUAAACCAUACCCCAACUGGCGGCACAUACCCAUUUAGGUCAAAUAUAUGUAAAGGAAAGGCCCCACCCCAACCCUCCAACCCCCGAUACCUUAUCCUACAUCAAGAGUCCGGUCAUGUUAGUAUUUUUGAUCAUAGUUAGUAGAUGAGAUUGGUUAGGAAACCCAGCCAUCAUCAAAGUUGAAAACAAUGUUGCUGUAGGUUAUGUUGGAAGCUCCCUCACGGCCUGACCAUGCACAAUCCUUUGUUUUCUGUUCAUAAAUUAUGACUGAAUAAAUUAAUGCAAUGUUCCUAUUGGCCAAUAACUUCAAAAUGAUAGGAAUGCUAUUGAAAUUUGUGCACGGUCAGGCCCCAAAAAGCUAACACAAACCUAUAACAAAGGAUUUCCCAACCAUUCCACUUUAAUUAACUAUGUUUUGAUCCACAGUCAUAAAUUUCUACAGGAGUGAAGGCAUUAACAUUAUUUAGAACCCUAAAGCAAGAAGAUUUGAAUUAAGGUAAAUAUGAAUAUGAACGUUUUAAGGUAAAUAUGUUAUAAUAUGUUUUGUUUAUUGACACUGUAUUUAGUUGUUUUGGGCCAGAGGCAUGGUGGACUUUGUGUAAGUCUGGGGAAAAGUGCUUUCUUUCUUGAAAAAUAACUUAUGCUCCCAGUAAACAAUAGUUUCAUUGUUGACCAAGCAUGAUUUGGCCUUCGGCCUAAUUGACUGGUAAAGAUUUCUGGUGCCAAGAAAAAGGCCAAUACACCAACUACUUAAUUCUAACCCUUUAAGGUCCAAUAUCCGGGUACAAAUUCUCCAGAGUGAUCACAAUACAUUUCCUUAAAGUAUUAGUGGAAAGAAUAUGAUGAUUGAUCAAAGCAUUUUCCCUUGGGUGAUCAUUUUAUUACUUCUCUGAUCUUAUAACCUUUUUUCUUGAUUAUGAGUCAAUAGUGUUGGGAGAAAAUUGAUGUUGAUGACUCUUGGGACUAAAAGGGUUAAUGCUCGUUUAAACCUGGUAAUAGCUGGGAGAUUCCUUAUAUGGAGUUGUCUUGUGUUUAUUUUAAGGGCUGAAAAGGAAAAUGGCGGGAAACGAAGAUCAACAAACUAACGUAACUGACGGCGAAGAGGGCACCAUGACAAGUGAGUACAUGAAUAAGCUUCAUAAUGAACGUAUGCAAAGGCAAAGGAAUCUCGCCGAAACAGUCCUGUCACAGAUGGAAAGCCAGUAUAAAGCUUUCGGCGGAGAAAAGGAAAAUCAGAAAAAAUGGGAAGAGGCUGCAAAAAUGAUCGCUUAUGCUCGUCAGAGGGAAAGAGAGGGAACGGAACAAGUGGAAAGCAAAAGAGAAAAGCUUUUAGAGGAGCAAAAAAAGUUAAAGGAUCAAUGGUUUCAAGAGGAGAUGGAAAAGAAAAGACAGCUGGAACAACUACGCGAAGCAGAGAAAAACAAAGCGAAGGAGGAGGCAGAAAAACUUGCCGCUUUGGAGAUGCAGAGAAAGCAGGAACUUGAAAAUGCCAAACAAAAGGAAAGUCAAGAAUUGUUCACGAUGAAACAGGAAUGGCAACUGCAGGAAGAUGCGAGAAAAGCCGCAGAAGAACAGAGACGAAUCGAAAAACAACAGCAGGUGGAACGAGAAAAGCUGAAGCACAUGGAAGAAGAAAGUGACCGUGCCAUGGCGGAGCACAAACGAAAACAGGAGGAACAAAAAAAGCAAGAAGCAGAGUGGAUGAAUUAUGCGCAAGAUCUCAAGAGAAAGCAAGAGGAAAAAGCAAGAAUGGAGGCGGAGAAACAGAGAGUUUGGCAACAGGAAAAGCUGAAAGAAAACAGUGAAAUUAACCAGUUUGUUGAAACAAGAAAAGCUGUGGAAGAUCAGAAAAAGAAAGAAUGGGAGAAAGAGAGGGAUAAAACGGCCGAAGAAGCCCGCUUACUCGAGUCAGGGGUGCGACAGCAGUUUUUGGACAAGCAGGGGAAAGUCGUCUCAGAACUACUGCAGAACGAACUGGCAAGAGAAGAGGCGAGAAAAAGAGAGGAGGCGGAAAUGAAGAGGAAACAAAGAGAAGAGAGGCGACAAGAGGAAGAGAGAAGAAAGUUAGAGCUUGAGGAACAGUUGUUAGCUAAAGAGAAAGAAAAACGGGAAAGGGAACAGAAGGUCAAAGAACUUGAAUGGAGACGUUACCUUGAUGGGAUAAAGGAGAAAGAAGACGAGAAAGCGCAGAGAGACACAGCGAAACAAAAACGGAUGGCGGAACAGAGAAAGGAGGAUGAACAGAAAGCUGCAGAGAUGGCGGAAGCACAGCGGCGUUCGAGGGAACAACGACGGAAAGAGGAAAAUGAAGCCAUGCAAAUAGCUGAGAAACUGAGGUUAGAGCAAGAGCAGAGGAGGAAAGAACUGGAACAAGAACGAGAAGAAGCAAAGAGGAAGGUGUUGUUACAAGACAAAGAGAAGAGAGAACAGGAGGAGGCCAAACGGGAACUGGUCAUGCGUAAACAAGAGGAGGAGGAGAGGCUAAGAGAGGAGAAUAAAAAACACCAGGAUAUGGAAAUGAAAAAACUUCUGGAGGUAAGGGACUGGUCAUAAAUUCGCGGGAGGGGAGGGGGCGUGGAAAGAUUCAAAAGUUAGAGCUACCUCGCACAGCGUAAUGAACUGUUCCACUGGAGAGUACUGGUUAUCAGCUUAUAUUUGAAUGAUUACACCUUAGGAUUUCGUACAGAAAUUCAAAAGUUAGAACCACUUUGUACAGCACACCACACCACACCACGGGAUAAUACUGCACAGUAGCUUUCAAAGUUAGAAUCACUUCGUGCAGCAUAUUUAUAAUAAACAGUACCACUUAAGCAAUAGAAAACGUUUUCCGUGUUUGCAUAGCCUGAUAUAAUCACGAGAGGGGUUGGGAGAAUUCGAGAAAGUUAUGCAAACCCGAGACGAAGUCAAGGAUUUGCAUAACUGUCGAGAAUUCUCCCAACGCCUCGAGUGUUUAUAUCAGGCUAUGCAAACACAGGAAAAAAGUGUUCUAUUGCUUUUAUAAAAUAACUUUCCCGAGAAAAAAAAAGAAAAAAUCUUUGUAUGGCAUUGAUUAAAAGAGAAAUUCUUACCAGUCGCAAAAUCUUGUCCACGAAGUCUUGCACGCGUAAUCAGUUCUUGUUUUGCAAAAAGAUGCUUUGCAAAAUACGAGAAAGGGAACAGAAGGUCAAAGAACUUGAAUGGAGACGUUACCUUGAUGGGAUAAAGGAGAAAGAAGACGAGAAAGCGCAGAGAGACACAGCGAAACAAAAACGGAUGGCGGAACAGAGAAAGGAAGAUGAACAGAAGGCUGCCGAGAUGGCGGAAGCACAACGGCGUGCGAGGGAACAGCGACGGAAAGAGGAAAAUGAAGCAAUGCAAAUAGCUGAGAAACUGAGGUUAGAGCAAGAGCAGAGGAGGAAAGAGCUGGAACAAGAGCGAGAAGAAGCAAAGAGGAAGGUGUUGUUACAAGAGAAAGAGAAGAAAGAACAGGAGGAGGCCAAACGCGAACUGGUCAUGCGCAAACAAGAGGAGGAGGAGAGGCUAAGAGAAGAGAAUAAAAAACACCAGGAUAUGGAAAUGAAAAAACUUCUGGAGGUAAGGGACUGGUCAUAAAUUCGCGAACGGGGGAGGGGCGGAGGGGGCGUGGAAAGAUUCAAAAGUUAGAGCUACCUCGUAGUAAUGAACUGUUCCGAUGGAGAGUACUGGUUAUUAGCUCAGUUGUAUUUGAAUGAUUACACCUUAGCAUUUCGCCCACGAAUUCUAAAGUUAGAACCACCUUGUACAGCGCACCACACCACAGGAGAAUAGUACUCUGUAGCUUUCAUUUGAAUGGUCACACCAUAGGAUUUCAUCCACAGUCUCAAAAGUUAAGACCACCUUGUACAGCAUAAUAAACAGUACCACAGGAAAGUACUGUUCAGUGACUUUCGUUUGAAUGGUCACACCAUAGGAUUCCAUCCAUUGACUCAAAAGUUAGAAUCACUUCGUGCAGCAUAUUUAUAAUAAACAGUACCACAGGAAAGUACUGCUCAGUAGCUUUCAUUUGAAUGGUCACACCACUGAAUUUCAUCCACAGACUCAAAAGUUGGAACCACCUUGUACAGCAUAAUAAACAGUACCACAGGAAAGAACUGCUCAGUAGCUUUCAUUUGAAUGGUCACACCAUAGGAUUUCAUCCACAGACUCAGAAGUUAGAACCACCUUGUACAGUAUAAUAAACAGUACCACAGGAAAGUACUGCUCAGUAGCUUUCAUUUGAAUGGUCACACCAUAGGAUUUCAUCCACAGACUCAAAAGUUAGAAACACUUUCUAGCAUAAUUAUCAGUACCAUAGGAAGAGGUUUCAGUUGAAUAGUCGCACUCAAAUUGCAAUUAUUUUUUUUAGCUGCAGCGAAGGCGGCAAGAACGAAGCGAAGCUCAGGCAGCGGUGAAUGAAUCCGAGCUCCUGGAACAGAAAAGCCGAAAGGAUGAGCGCUCCAAGGGAGCGGCGGAUAGUGGGAAACUUCUGCUGGAGAAAACCUUCAAACAAGAGGAGGAAUUUCGGGAGCAAGCUGAAAGGAGACGACGCGAACGUGUUGAGAUGCAAAAGAGGCAGCUUGAGGAGAUGAAAAAGGCUGAAAAUGAACUGAUGAAGAAAGCUCAAGCUCUUCGAAAAGAAACUGACCAUGGUGACAGCCAUAUGGGUUCACCUUCGUCACGUAACGGUAAUAAAACAGAAGCAGAGUCAAAGUGGAAGAAGGGUUUCUUUGCAUCGUUGUUUGGACGUAAGUAGGAACUGAACUUUGCCAUAAAAGUCUUUGUUCAUGACUUUUUUUUUCGUCAUGACUGUAAUUUGAUAUGAAAUGCAGUAAUUUUGAUUCAAGUGCUCAUGGUACAUAAAAACUCUCGCAUAUUCGCCACUUUAGAAUAGAGAAGGGAACUGGGACGAGGUUACUUUCGUAAAGACUUCUGAGACUGUUUCUCGAGACAGAGAAAAAUUGGCCAAUAACUGACCAGUGAGUCCCUAGAACAAUCCCAGAAGUCUUUGCGAAAAUCCAUGCUGCCCAGUUGCUUUCUCGUUUCUACAGUGGUGAACUUCCCGCUGGAAUUUGGCCAAUAAGAGCCAAAAGAACCAUUCCAGUCGGUUGCCAAACAAAAAUUAGGGGUUCUUAUAUGCUGGUUUUUACUGUAACUGGCUUUAUUACACUAUUUCGGUUCCCCUACUAACAAUUGGCGAAGCCAAGAAACAUAAUUAAUUAAAACUUCUUCCGAUCAUUUUGCAUUCUGGAAGGAUGCUUUCUCGACGCAGCUUACUCUGAAAAUUAAGCAGUUAUAACGUACAGUCGUAUUCAUUGGUAUCAGAUUUACAAAGACUCACAAAAUUCAAUGAAGCGAUCAGAAAGGGAUGCAAAUACAUUUUGCGGGUCCCAAGCGCGGGAAAUCGCAUGAGAGCAGGUGUCGAUGCGUUUUGUCUUUUGAUUGGUCGAGAAAAAAGUGACCGAGAAGCUUUUAGCCAAUCAUAAAGCGUUACGGUACAAAAAAGUAUCACGAUAGCGAGUUGUUGAAACAGUUCGAGGUAGUUACAUAAUCUGCAAAUCUUUUUUACAGGCCUUAUGUAUUGAAUGUAUCUACGUGUCAAGAACAUCUUGUCUAUGUGACAUUUAACAAGGGUACUCGUUAGCUCUCGAAACCUUUAAAGUUAUUGAAAAUUCAGAAAAAAAAAUUUCUGCCCAAGAUUUUUGAAAGUCC